GCUUUUGUUCAUCUUGAUCAAUGAUCAUAAAAGCACACAACUCUUUCAUAAAAAGUACUGUGGCAAAACCAUGGAACAUGGUGCAAUGAUGUAUCAGAUGGUAACAAUUCUUUUUUUUUUUUUUCCUGUAGGUGUGCCUACAGGGCUGUGAUGCAUUUAAAAUCAUUUAAAGCUUCCUGCUCAGCAAUUUAAUGCACAGUAUGUUGAAGAGCUUGUUGGUUUAACCUGUCUAAGGGUUUUUAAUAAGGGGACAUCAUUCUGGUUUUAUCUCUGGCUUCAUCUUAUCUAGUUUUCAUCAGAAUGUUUCCAGUUACACAACAUCUGCUGGUAUUCACAAUCAUUUCAGUCCUGCCACUGACUAGGGCACAAUCGACAACAUUAGGUGCAACCUCAGCGGCAAGCAGCAAUACGAGUAAUGGAAGCUUUACGACUACAACCAGUACAACCUCAGUGGCAAACAGCAAUAGGAGUGAUGGAAAUUUUACUACUACAACCACAACCAUUGUACCAUCAACAACAAAGCCAGUACCAGCGAUAUUUUAUCCAUUUGGCUUAGCGGCAGGACACACAGAAAAUCCUACUGGUGAAGAAACCUACUAUCUGGUCAACAUAUCCAGUCCAUUUUUAUUCUUCGGGCGAACAUUCAGCCAAAUAUAUGUUAAUGGUAAUGGAUUCCUUUCAUUCAAACAACCUUUGUAUGAGUUGGAGUCUUUUGUUUUUCCUGCCGCUGGAAGCGAAGAUCUCAUUGCUCCUCUAUAUACUGACAUUGAUGAUUAUCAGUCAGGUGUGGUCUCAUAUCAUGAGUACACCAAUGGAAGUGUACUCACUCGGGCCUCUCAAGAUAUAAACCAGUAUUUCCCUCAUCAUGGCUUCAAUGUUAGUUGGGUCUUUGUUGCGACUUGGAACUAUGGAAUUUAUGGUGGCGCUAAAUCGUUGUUUCAAGUGGUUUUAAUUUCAGGCAGUAAUCUUUCUUUCAUUCUGAUGAAUUAUGGUGACAUGGCAGCAGCACAGUCGGAAGUGCAGGCUGGCUAUAACACAGCAAACUCCGAACACUACUUUGUAAUUCCUCAUUCAAACGAACUUAACUACUUACCAAACCUCAAAUACUCCAGUAAUGUAGAUGUUCCAGGCCGUUGGUUCUUCGGUGUCUCCAACGAGAUUCUCGUUGGACUUAGAAUGACUGUUAGAUCGUUUUCAGACCUAACACAGACUGGAAACAUUGAGACUGUUUUAAAGCAACUGAAACAAGAGCUGAUUAAUCGUGGAGUCUCAGAAACCAUAGCCCUGAAAUUAAGAGCGAGCACAAACAAGCACAAACGGAGCACAAACAAACGAGACUAUUUUGCCGACGUUUUGCGUUGGGUGGGGGGCCAACUUCACGCAGCAAAAGGACACUCUACAUUUUGUCUUUGUCUCUGGCUUUGCCCGACUAGUUAUCAAAGGAUGCUUUCAGUUUCACAACAUCUGCUAGUGUUCACAACAUCAGUGCUGUUACUGAGCAUGAUGACAAAGGCACAAACAGGGACAUUCUAUCCAUUUGGCUUAGUGGCAGGUGACACAGACCGUUUUGCUAUUGAGGAUGAAAACUCCACUCUUAUUGAUCUUUGGAGUCCAUUUGCUUUCUUUGGCCGCAUACACCAUAAGAUAUAUGUUAAUAAUAAUGGAUACCUUACAUUCAACCAGUCUUCAUCAGAAUACAUCCCCAAGCCUUUUCCUGCCAAUGGAAGUAAAGAUAUCAUAGCUCCUUUGUGGACUGACAUUGAUGUCAGUCAGAAUGGUGUGAUCUCGUAUCAACAAUACUCAAAUGGAAGUGUGCUCACUCGUGCCUCUCAGGAUAUAAACCAGUAUUUCCCUGAUCUGAGCUUCCAUGCUACUUGGGUUUUUGUUGCAACUUGGGAUAAAGUUGAAUAUUUUUAUCACUCGGGCACGGAAACAUCUUUUCAAGCCGUUUUAAUAUCAGAUGGUAAUUUGUCUUUUAUUCUGAUGAAUUAUGGUGAUGUUGCUGUGACACAAAAUGUAGUGCUAGUGCAGGCUGGUUAUGACACAGUAAACUCCACACAUUAUUGUGUAAUUCCUGGGUCAGACAGCGGAAGCUACAUUCCAAAUCUCAAAAACUCUAGUAAUGUAAAUGUUCCAGGGUGUUGGGCCUUCAGAGUGGACAGUGAACCAGAGAAUCAAUACAUCUCAAAAGAAAAUGUCAUUGGACUUCAGAUAAGACUUUCCUCAUUUUUAGACCUGACAGAGACUGGAAAUAUUGCGACUGUUUUAGAGAAACUAAAACAGCAGCUGAUCGAUCAUGGUCUACCAAACACACUGGCGCUGAACUUGAGAAGAGUACAAAAGAAAAACCUGUGAGAUUAUACAGGGCAAAAUCUAAAACCAGUACAAUUUGAUAUCAAAAGGUUUCUCUUCUCAAAAUGCAAUUUGGACUGCUAAUAAGGAAUGUCACUCCACAGGAAGGGGAAGAUUUAUAUGUAUUUGACAUGUGUAACUUAUAUAAAUUUUUGUCACACACAAAACCUCUCACACACAUAAUUCAGCUCAAAUAAUGAAAUGCCAUGCAACAAACGAUCAUCAAAGUUAAUUUUAAAUGUGAAUUACAUAUUUCCAUUUUGGUAUCAGCAUGUCCUAAGCAAGAACUCUCAUGUAGCGUUUCAUUUGCCUAAUUAUGCUUAUUCUUUUUUUUUUUUUUUUUUUGCUUAUU